AGCUUUUCUGGGAGUCGUCCUGCUCCUUGCCGUUGCAGUGGAAAAUUCAUUGUCCCCCAAUAUGCAUUAUCAUCGAUACAUGCUCUCCGAUUAUAAGCCGCAGCACAAUUCAAAGACGCAAAAGGACUAUAAACACAUAAAAAAGCGAUCUCCAGCCAAGGUGGAAGAUAAAGGGGCUCCAAAUCAUGUGGGGGCUCCAAAUCAUGUGGGGGCUCCAGAUCAUGUUGCUGCACGGUCUAAGGAGCCAGUGAUUAAGUUAACCAAUGGCGACCACAAACUUCAGCUCCACGAAUUGAUCGUGCGUAUUUACCGGGAUAAUCAUUUUGUGUGCACGGGAACGAUCAUAUCGGAUAUACUAGUGGCUACGGUGGACACCUGCUUUCCACACCAUAGGUUCGAUCAUCUGACAGUGAAGAACUUCGCAAAUGAGAUCUAUGACGGAAAACGGGUGAACUCCAACGAGACGUUUCUGAGGAGCGAAGACCCCUAUUUGGACAUUAUUAUGUUGGACACGCCUUUCCAUAGUCCAAAUAUAAGUGGAAAUACGGUGAAGCUGUGUGAUGCAGAGGUUCAGGACCAUGCGAUCGUGGAUCUUCCCAUUUGGAUCAGACAGCGGCAUAGCAUUCACUCGCAGAAGACGGAGGUGUGGCCGCUGCAGGAAUGCCGGCACCGUUUGAAGGAUGAAGAGGGAAUCUUGGCCCAGGACAACAUGAUCUGUGUAAGGAAUUCCCAAUACACAACGCAUUGCCAGCAUGGCAAUGGGAACCCACUCGUCUACGAUGGCAUGAUCUGCGGCAUCAAUGUGUAUGGCCAUAAUUGCCCACACCACACUGGCUUCGAUUUGUAUAUAACCAUCUACGAUGCGCUCAGUUUUUCGAUUGCUGGCAUGGAAUUGAUUAAACAUAAUAAAGUACAGGAAGCUAUACUGUAGUAAAUACAA